AUGGGUCAUUUAUUAAAAAAACAUCACAUUGCUUUAACAAAAUCUCAUGUUACUGAUGGCAUUUUUAUUGCUGAAACUCAGAAUGAAACAAAUUUUGAGGAAGAAACUGAAGGUGCUAAAGAUUUAGAAAUUGAAGAUUGGGGAUAUCGAUUUAAAGUUAACAGAAACUAA